UUCACCCGGCUCCUCUCCACGCACAGCCAAUGGAGAGACCCGGCCGAAACAGCUAGGCUCGCUCGCUCAGGGCUUUUUCGCCCGGUGAUUGAUGUCCCAGAGUCAACGGCGAGCGAGCAGCCGGAGAAGGGAAGGAGAAGCCGGAGAGGGGAAGAAUAUAGCCCCCCCCCCGCCUUUCUCCCCUCCCCCAUACUUUGGCCCUUCUGCGCACUUCGCCUUCAAGUCUCAGCGUAGCCUGGAGCCGCGGUUGCCUCCGCGCCCCUGCCAGCUACCGGGGUAGUCCAGCGUAGCGAGCGUCCGCGCCCGGGCCCCCGCGUGGGGCCGGGGCCAGCAUGGAGCACCUGGGUCCGCACCAUCUCCACCCGGGCCACGCAGAGCCCAUCAGCUUCGGCAUCGAUCAGAUCCUCAACAGCCCCGACCAGGGAGGCUGCAUGGGGCCCGCUUCGCGCCUCCAGGACGGAGAAUACGGCCUUGGCUGUUUGGUCGGAGGCGCCUACACUUACGGUGGCGGGGGUUCCGCCGCUGGGGCGGGGGCCGGGGCCACAGGAGCUUAUGGCACCGGUGGCCCGGGUGGUCCCGGCGGCCCGGCGGGCGGCGGCGGCGGUGCCUGCAGCAUGGGCCCACUGGCCGGCUCCUACAACGUGAACAUGGCCUUGGCGGGCGGCCCUGGUCCGGGUGGCGGCGGCGGCGGCGGGGGCGCUGGCGGCGCGGGGGCGCUGAGCGCUGCAGGGGUGAUCCGGGUGCCCGCACACAGGCCACUGGCCGGAGCGGUGGCUCAUCCCCAGCCCCUGGCCACUGGCUUGCCUACCGUGCCCUCUGUGCCUGCGGUGCCUGGUGUCAACAACCUCACCGGCCUCACCUUCCCCUGGAUGGAGAGUAACCGCAGAUACACAAAGGACAGGUUCACAGGUCACCCCUAUCAGAACCGGACGCCCCCUAAGAAGAAGAAGCCGCGCACAUCUUUCACACGCCUGCAGAUCUGUGAGCUGGAAAAGCGCUUCCACCGCCAGAAGUACUUGGCUUCGGCGGAGCGCGCUGCUCUGGCCAAGGCGCUCAAAAUGACCGAUGCGCAGGUCAAAACCUGGUUCCAGAACCGGCGGACGAAGUGGAGGCGACAGACAGCAGAGGAGCGAGAGGCCGAGAGGCAGCAGGCGAACCGCAUCCUCUUGCAGCUGCAGCAGGAGGCUUUCCAGAAGAGCCUGGCCCAGCCCCUGCCGGCAGACCCCCUGUGUGUGCACAACUCGUCGCUCUUUGCCCUGCAGAACCUGCAGCCCUGGUCUGACGACUCCACGAAAAUCACCAGUGUCACGUCGGUGGCUUCGGCCUGCGAGUGAGCCUGUACCUCCACUCAGUGGGACCCAAGCCCAGUUGAGAGCUCUCCGGAGAACCAAUGCUCUCUCCACCCUUUCUGACUGCACGCAGGACGGGGACGGGGACUUUUCUGGCACGGCUGCCAAGCCCCGGAUCCACACACCUGUGGACACUGUUCCGUCUUCGGUGGAAGAGGGCUGGGGAGAGAGGCGGAGACCUCUUUCCAAAAGCCGGUGUGAUCCUGCCCCACUCUGGAACUGUUCAGAGUCCUCUCCGUUUUCCUCUAUUUCAUUUUAUUCUGAUUUUAAUAUGGGACAGACAGAUCCAAGGGAAGUGGGGCUUGCAAGGGCUUCUGGGAUCUCCAGGCUAUCUGUACUAGAGCUGGAAACCUCCCUAUGCCCAGGCACGCACAGAGGUGAUACCACUGUCCCUCCAGGUGUGUCUCCCCACAGCCACACACUAUGACCGAGUAUCAUGCACGCUCGGGAUCUUAGCAGUGACCCUCGCUGUUAGGCAUAGUCCUGGGUGGCUCCUCAAACACAAGGCCAUAGUCACACUGUGACACAACAGCCCCCACACACCAGCCAGAGUUGGCCCAUCACAGCACAUCAGAGCAGCACCCAGGUAUGCACAGACAGGCUUCACACAAAUUCAGCCCAUUUCUCCAGAUCCUGUUUGGGGAGGGGGGUAAGUUAUGCACUUAUAAGGUGUUUUCUGUGUAAUCAUUUUAUAAAGUGCUUGUGUAAUUUAUGUGGAAAAUAAUAAAAGCCUCCGGUUCAGGAGCUGGAGCUGCUCCUUGCCGAGCCCA